AUGUCGGACGACGAUGUCGAAGCCACCGCCGCGCGAAGCUCGUCACGGCGCAACGCCGAUCGCCGCACACCGCGCUUCAGCUGGAACCAAGCCUUCGAGGAUACCUUCUUCAGGUCGCUGUGCGAGUCCAUGCAGCUGGGGUUCAAAGAAAACCACAGCUUCAAGUCGGGCGCAUGGGAGCGCGCUGCCAUCGCCUUGCGCGACAAGCAUGGCGCCUACCCGGAGAAGAGCCAUCUGAUCAACAAGGCCGACAACGCGCGUAAGAAGUUCCGCAUGUGGCGAGGACUCAGAGAAGACCCCGAGUUUCUGUACAAUCCCACCUCGAGGACGGUCACGGCCUCCGAGGAGGCCUGGCAGCGGCACUUCGAGAAAGAACCCCUGUCCAAGGCUCUCCGAGGCCGCCCGUUCGACCACGAAGAAUACAUGGAGAUCCUGUUCCCCGACGUUGUGGGAUCUGGCGGCGCCCCAAAACGAAUCAUGAAGCCGCGGCGCAGGAACCCCGACGGCACUCUAGUUGGGAGACAAAGCAAUGCAGACCAAUCCAUCAUCGAUCCAUCCCUCGAGUCGUCCAUGUACUCGCAGAGUCCAUCGCUGAGUUCGAGCCAGCAGAUGCUACCUGCUGGCCAACUGCCUCAACAACUACAGAUGCCUACACCCUCCACCUCGCAACAACAGCCCGUACAAAUACCACCCUCGACCGACAUCCCGCUUCAAUCGUCAAUAGUGCCAAACGCAAACGCACUUACACCACCAGAUGAGCAGGCUCCGAGUUCCCAGUCACGAAAGCGACCCCAUACAGAUUCAGCCUCCAGCUAUGCAGAUAAGCGGCGCGGCAGACCCUCUCGAUUCUCUGCCAGUUUUUUCGCUCCGCAAUCGACGCCGUCCUCAUCGUCCCUCGUUGCCGCUUCUGGCCCUCCUCGGGCAGCGACGGCGGCAACAUCACAUGGCAUACACCCCUCUUUCAACGCUGCUGGUCUCCUAGAGGACGGUAUCUUGUCUCUCACCGAGGCCAUCAUGGCUCGUGCGAUGCCCAAAUGGCCAGAGCAGGCCGUCGAGAUCUUGUUUCAGGAGUUUGCAGACGAAGAUGCCGACUUGCAGCUGAAGAUCGCCGAAAAGGCUCUCACCGACGAGAACAAGGCCAUGGUCUUCGUCAAAAUGACGCCUGCAUUGCGACGCCAUUGGGUAGGUAGAUUGAGAGAUGUGCACAUGCGAAAUCAGGGAGGAAGCGGGCUCGGGAGACUUGGCGAGGAGGCUUCAUAG